GAAGUCUUAGAACGAAUAGCAACUAGGAGAGUCAACUUGCACAACGGGGCUAAUCCAGUCACUCCCAAUCUCGAUGCCAGUUUGAAGAUGUUUGACAGAACUUUGAGGGACCAUCUACCAGAAGUUCAUGGAUAGCCCUACCCUUAGCCUUCAAGCUAAGCUUUCACGGCUCACUUGUUACUCCAAAAAGAAGAUUUCUCAAAAUGCCUCGUUUCGCGCUUCAUAUCGGCCCGAAGAACAUUGCUGCCAUUGCUUGGUGCCUGCGGUGCGUCAAGCGGAUCGGAAAGGAGGGCCACGAGCCAUGCAGCCGAUCGAAUUCUUACGAGGAGUGUCGGUAUUGCCAUCGACUGGGCAAGUUGUGCGUGCCAGUGCCUAUUCCCCUGCGGGGAGAUGUUAUCGACCUUCUCCUCCUGGGUCCGGAUCGCCAGCCAGCAGCGGUCGCCGCAUUUGCUAGAAAGGCAGAGGCUUAUCGCGAAGCAGUUGGUAACUCCACCGACAAGCAGAAGCUGAUUGUGAUGCAAUCUUUGAAUCGCAACAUGUUCCGCCUGGUGAAUGCUGUGUGUGCCGCCCGUGGCCAGCCGGUGUUCCCAGACGAGGAAGAGCAGGUUUGGCCGGAGGUGCACGGGGGUGUGGUUGACGGAAAGGUGGAGUGGUAG